AUAAAUUAGCAAGCAAACCUAAAAAUGGAGAACUCCGGAUGUUGGUGCGAUGGAAUUCAUAAGUUCAUCUUCUAUAUCGGCUUGAUUAUCCUCUUUCGAUACUUUUUCAGAUUUGUCUUCUGAAUUCAAAGAUACUUCUUCAGGAAGGGCCAUAAUGUUCAAGAGAGAUACGGACAAGGAUCAUGGAUCCUUGUCACUGGUGCCACUGAUGGCACUGGCAAAGCCACUGCAAUCUAUGCUGCCAAAGAGAAGGGAAUGAAUGUGGUUCUUGUUGGUAGGAACAAAGAUAGACUCCUAAAGGCUGAGAAAGAAGUUAGAACUGCUAACAGCUCUAUAGAUACAAGAAUUUAUGAGUUUGAUUUCAACAAGUCUACUGAAAUCAAAGAUUUCAUGAAGAUCUCUGAAGAAUUCAAGGAUCUUGAUAUUUCGAUCUUCUUUAGCAAUGCUGGAGUUAUGACCACUAAAUGUAUCAGAGAUUUGUCCCUUGAAGAGAUUAAGGAAAUGACGGAGACAAAUAUCCAUGGGCCAAGUAUCCUUACUAAGAUCUUCACAGACAGAUUUGCCAAGAGAGAUAAAAGAAGUGCAAUUAUGAUCAUGGGAAGCGUUGCUGGAUGAACUCCUCUCCCUAAUAAUUCUCAAUAUGGUGCUACUAAAGCGUACCUAAUCAGCUUCUCAAAGGCCGUAGGAUAUGAAAUCUCUGAUAAGAUAGAUAUGAUUGUAUCUACUCCUGGGUUUGUCAAGACUAAGCUCAAUGGAUAUGCUGAAAAUCCUCUGGCAGUCUCUCCUACUCAUCAAGCAGCAUCCCUAUUCAAAGAUUUAGGAUUUGAACGCCAAAAUAUGCCGAUUAUUGGGCAAGAAUUUGCAAAUAAUCUACUCGGGAUUGUUUAUAGUCUCAGUGAGAGUCUUGGGCUUGCCAUUCUUGGCAAGAUUAUGAUCCAAGAGAGAAAGGAGAUCGAAACCUAUUGGGAAAAACAAGAAAAGUAGACAUUUUAUAAAUUUCAAUCUUGAUA